CGACAGGACCCCGACACACUCCCAUCCGGUUAAAAUUCCGCAGAAACUGCAACGAAAGUGGUAAGUACGUUGACAUCUCUUUUAUGAUGCUGUUGGAACCUGACUGAUUAUCUAUAUCUCGACCUUCCCAUGUCAUGUUGCCAUAUGGAAAUCUAAAGUACACUCAGGCUGUCGGCGGUCAUUGGCGUCUUGCAUGAGAUGAUGUCGACUCAGGCUCGGAACGCCGCAAUAAUAUCUUCAACAAGCACCUUCAGCUGACCACCUUUACCGGCACGAAAAACGGGUUACAGGAGUAGAGGGAUCAGUGAGGGACAUCGUGAAUCACUGCCUUUCAAGCCUCAUUGGAUAGCUCUCUCUGACUUUGCAUCGUUGCCACUGUGCGAAUCAGCAUCUACCCCGUCCUGACUCACGCAAUACACAGAAUCAUGAAGCCGGUAUACGUCGCUCUCCCCAAUUCACCAUUGGACGACCACGAAGCCAAGCCGUUCGUGCAGUCAGAAUCCACGGAGGAGCUCUAUCGCGUCGGCGCUUCAUCUGUGAAGACUCUUUCUACCAAGAUGACCGUGUUGGCCUAUAUUCUAUGCGCCCUCACCGUCCUUCUUGCCUCGGCCAACUUGGCGUCUAGCAUUUAUAACGCUUGCUACUCUCAUGGCCACAACACGAGUAUCGACAAGCUUCCUCGUCCAGACAUAUUUGCUGGCCUGCCGAAGAACCCUACAAUGGGUCAUCACGUUGAACCCAGCAUGCCGGCCUCUCAUACUGAAGACUCUCAUGGACAUGCUCAUGAGCAUGAGCACAACCAUGCCGCUCAGGCCUAAAGAGAUUUCAUAACACAAGAUCGGUUCAGAAACGUGUACAGUAGUUUGAUAGGACCAGAGGAAUUGACUUUGUAUAAUCAGUACCGACCUACAGUACCUACGAGCGGGCCGAAUACUUUUUAUGACAGCCUUACGUUCGCCAGGUCUGCACUAAACCGUUUUGAAAAAUAACCGUGCUAUGAACGAUUCUGCCAAUGUAUGUAGCUCUACCUAAGCGAUGUAGCAAAGACGGUACCGAGCUAAUGCAUAUGUCCGCUGCCAGUAGAGUUAGCCGAAUGUGACAUCCCAACUUUGUACGUGUCCUUCCACUGCUCAUAGUUCUCCUCCAUAUACUGCCUCGCUUGAGACCAAUCCUUGCACCUGUGGGUGAUACCUACUCCGGUGACAGCAUUCGUAAGCCUUCCGUCGGGAGUUAACUGGCGAUGGCUCGCUGGUUCCAAUGUGAGGUCGACGUUACAGAGAACCAUUUGGCGAAGAUAGAUGAGACAAUGAUCAACAUGACCAAUAUCUCCUUCGUCUAGUUGAUCACGGUUGAUGAAAUAUGCUCGUAAAGAGCGGAGGCAAUGAAGUUGGUGAUAAUGAG